CCCCAAAUCCAGAGUUCUCAUCUUUCUCUCCUAACGUUUACUUUUCUCUCUCUUUUUCUCUGUUACGUUUCCAAGCUUCGUGGCACAUAUGCCAGAAAAGCAUUUCCGAGGAAGGGUCUUUUGAUUUGAUAAUUGAAAUCGAGUGUAGUUAUUGUUCUGCAUACCAGAAAUUCAUUUGAAGCCUUUUCCAAAUGCUGAAUUCUUCAAGAGGAAGAAGCCAGACUAGGUCGACUCGAGCCAUGCCGUUUGCCGCCAUUGAACACCCUGAUCCGAAAAGGAAGAGCAAUUUCGUCGAGAAAGUCCUUAUGGCUGCGGUACUCACAGCCUUAUGUAUCAUCAUGCUCAAGAGAUCUCCAUCAUUUAGUACUUCCAGUCAUUUCUCCCAACACGAAGCAGGGGUAACUCAUGUUCUUGUAACUGGAGGUGCCGGAUAUAUCGGUUCGCAUGCUGCUUUGCGACUUCUCAAGGAGAACUACCGAGUAACAAUUGUGGACAAUCUUUCACGUGGAAACAUGGGUGCUGUCAAGGUUCUCCAAGAAUUAUUUCCAGAACCUGGAAGGCUUCAAUUCAUCUAUGCCGAUCUAGGCGAUGCAGAAGUCGUGGAUAAAAUAUUUUCAGAAAAUGCAUUCGAUGCCGUUAUGCACUUUGCGGCAGUCGCAUAUGUCGGGGAGAGCACGAUGGAUCCUCUCCGGUAUUAUCAUAACAUUACUUCGAACACCUUGACGGUCUUGAAGUUGAUGGCUGCUCACGGUGUUCCGACUUUGAUAUAUUCUAGUACAUGUGCGACGUACGGCGAGCCUGAAAAGAUGCCUAUCACUGAAGAAACCCCACAGGUUCCAAUCAAUCCAUAUGGAAAAGCUAAGAAGAUGGCUGAGGAUAUGAUUCUGGAUUUCUCUAAGAAUUCAGACAUGGCAAUUAUGAUCCUAAGAUACUUCAAUGUGAUUGGAUCAGAUCCGGAAGGAAGAUUAGGCGAAGCUCCAAGACCAGAGUUGCGUGACCAAGGACGAAUUUCGGGUGCUUGUUUCGAUGCAGCUCGUGGCAUCAUUCCUGGUAUCAAGGUGAAGGGAACGGACUACAAAACACACGACGGAACUUGCAUACGUGAUUACAUCGACGUUACCGACCUGGUUGAUGCUCAUGUUAAAGCCCUCCAACAUGCAAAGCCUCGUAAUGUUGGAAUCUACAACGUGGGCACGGGAAAAGGAAGAUCGGUGAAGGAGUUUGUAGAGGCAUGUAAGAAAGCCACAGGAGCUGAUAUAAAAGUCGAUUAUCUUCCUCGACGACCAGGAGAUUACGCAGAAGUGUUCAGCGACCCGUCUAAGAUCAGGCAAGAACUGAACUGGACAGCUCGAUAUACCGAUCUCGAGGAGAGUUUACAGAUUGCAUGGAAAUGGCAAAAGGAGCACCUUGACGGAUACAAUUCAUCAUAGAUGAUGGCUUUAUGUAGUAAAAGAAAGAAAAAGGCUUAAUAGCAUACCCCAAACAGCUCGGAUUUCGGCUGUUUUUCUUCUAUGUUUGGCAUAGAAGAGAGGGGAAAUUCAGAUAAUUUCCGACUGCUAUUAUUUCCCAUUACUUGGGAAGUUGGUUAUACUGAGCAGCCUAUUCAUUAUAUAAACGAUUUAAUU